AAAUGGAAACAACCAGCCAAAUUCCAACCUGCUCUGUAUUGCUAGUUCAAGAGGAAAACAAGUAUCCAGAAGAUCAGACAAGUUUCAGACCCUUUGAAAAAACAGGAGAUCUCAGUGGCAAGAGUAAUCAAAGCACUGUCAACAGCCAGAUGAAUGAAGAAUCAGAAAAUAAUGAAGGCAAUCCCUCUUCUACAUUGUGUAAGAAGAACAUCAACAAGAGGGAGAGAAGACUCAUGCAGAACCGAGAAAGUGCAUCUCGAUUGAGAAUCAAAAAGAAAGAAAAUAUGACCCACGUGAUGAAAGAGAAAGAACAACUUAGAUUAGAUAAUGUGACUCUCCAGAAAAAGGUCGAUCAAUCUCAACAAGAACUGUUCGAUACACUCCAAGAGAGUAUACAGCUGAGGAAGAGAAUCAACGAAAUUCAGAAGUCACAGAAUGAUUUACUUAUUUCUUUUCUGAGUGAUACGCACCAGAGAGGAAUUAAUCAUGUUAAGGAUACUUUCCAACAAGAAAAUAAGCCUCAGAGUUUUAUUAGGAUUGAAAAUAAACCUCUGAACCCCGUCCAGAUUCCCCAAUUGCCUCUUCAGACUCAAGAAUUUGAUCUGAAUUCUGUGCUGAGUCUUUUGACAGCAUGCAGAAAACCAAUUGUUCCGAUUCUAAGUUCUCCCAUUAAGAGUAACCAAGUAACCAAUUUUUCAAAAGCUGCAAAUAAUAACACAAUGGUUGUAAACAAUGGAAUAAAUCAGAUUCCUAAGCCCAACACAAUUUCAAGGAUUCUGAAUGUAUUGACUCAGGGACAACAGAAGGAUGAACUCCCUACUUCUAUUUGGAACAAGAACUAAGGUACAACUCCCAAUGCAAGGUUCAUAAAGAAGCUCAGUAAACCACAGAUAAUGCAUAUGUCUGCAUUAGACAUCUCUUCUUAAAGCCCUUAAAGGCCUAUCUGAAGGACUUUGGGAAGACUUUCCUGUGGCUUUGAAAUCGCUAGUUAAGGACCGGACAAGAUUCAGAUAUCCAAUUCUUCUAAAUUAAGCUUCAUCCAUAAUAAUUGGUAUUGAAGCGAUAUUGAUAGCUCCUUACUAGGAUUUAAAAGGAGAGCUUUCAUGAGCCAAACUCUCUUGGAUAAAAGGGCCGAGAGGUGAUAUUAU